UCAGCUCCGCUUCCGAUCUGCCUACGUGUAACAGUUAUGAUCUUCCCUUGUAAACAGUAAGUCUAGAACAAUUAGUUCCGGGUGAGGAAAUAAUUCCGGCAAGCGCAAAGAAUCCUGGGAGGCCAUUGGCUCCAGUUCCCCGGUCAAGAUGUCUGACAUGGAGGAUGACUUCAUGUGCGAUGAUGAAGAAGAUUAUGAUCUGGAAUACUCAGAAGACAGCAACUCUGAACCCAAUGUUGAUUUGGAAAAUCAAUACUAUAACUCCAAAGCUUUGAAGGAGGAUGAUCCGAAAGCUGCACUCAGCAGUUUUCAGAAGGUUUUGGAACUUGAAGGUGAAAAAGGAGAAUGGGGAUUCAAAGCAUUGAAACAGAUGAUCAAAAUAAACUUCAAGCUGGGUAAUUAUCCGGAAAUGAUGAAUAGGUAUAAGCAACUCUUAACCUACAUACGCAGCGCUGUCACCAGAAAUUAUUCUGAGAAAUCUAUCAAUUCUAUCCUGGACUACAUCUCCACUUCAAAGCAGACAACUCCAGUGGAGACUUCUCUUUCUCAAGAACAAAAUGAUCAGAUGGACCUUUUGCAGGAGUUUUAUGAAACAACACUUGAAGCUCUAAAAGAUGCAAAAAAUGAUCGGUUAUGGUUCAAAACAAACACAAAGCUCGGUAAACUGUACCUGGAACGUGAGGAGUAUGGAAAACUACAGAAAAUCCUACGUCAGCUACACCAGUCUUGUCAGACUGAUGAUGGGGAGGAUGAUCUGAAGAAGGGAACACAGCUACUGGAAAUCUAUGCUUUGGAAAUCCAAAUGUACACAGCUCAGAAAAACAACAAGAAACUUAAAGCACUAUACGAGCAGUCCUUGCACAUCAAAUCGGCCAUCCCUCACCCUCUUAUUAUGGGAGUGAUCAGAGAAUGUGGAGGAAAGAUGCACCUAAGAGAAGGAGAGUUUGAAAAAGCCCACACAGAUUUCUUUGAAGCAUUUAAAAAUUAUGAUGAAUCUGGAAGCCCGAGAAGAACAACAUGUCUGAAAUACCUAGUCCUGGCAAACAUGCUCAUGAAGUCUGGUAUAAACCCAUUUGACUCUCAGGAGGCUAAACCUUACAAAAAUGAUCCUGAAAUACUAGCAAUGACAAAUUUAGUAAGUGCCUAUCAAAAUAAUGACAUCACUGAGUUUGAGAAAAUUCUGAAAACAAAUCACAGCAACAUCAUGGACGACCCCUUUAUAAGGGAGCACAUCGAAGAGCUUUUACGAAACAUCAGAACACAAGUGCUUAUAAAGUUAAUUAAGCCUUAUACAAGAAUACAUAUUCCUUUCAUUUCGAAGGAGCUUAACAUAGAUGUAGCGGAUGUUGAGAGUUUGCUGGUGCAGUGCAUACUGGAUAACACUAUUCACGGGCGGAUUGAUCAAGUUAACCAACUCCUGGAACUAGACCAUCAAAAGCGAGGCGGAGCACGAUACACUGCUCUAGAUAAAUGGACCAAUCAGUUGAAUUCUCUCAACCAGGCCGUAGUCAGCAAGCUUGCUUAACAGAGAACAAGCUUUUACAUAAUAGCAAAACAAGUACUUAAAGGCAACAGUACAGUCAUGUAACCCUUUAAAAAGGACUUUGGAUUGAUAUAAAGGUGAACUACUGUCGGUUGGUGUGUGUGCCCUGAAAAAAAAUAACAAAAGGAAGUGCUUUCUGAUCAGCUGGUAUGUGUUUUUGCUGCUGCAUUUUUCCCAAGAGAAUAAACUAAAACAGCUUUAACCUCCAGAAGAUAACCAAAAUAUCACAGGAUCUAUGCUGUAUUGUCAUCUUGCCCUGUAAAGUGUAACAUUCUAGUAAAGUUUGCCAAAGGCAAAUCAUGUCCCGAGCGAAGAUUUUGUCACGAUUUUAAAUCUACACUGACGCAUUACAGUUGGUUCAGUAUAAAGAUGUUUUACCUUAAAGAAUGAAAACAAAAAAAAAAGAAAAUAUGUAAAAUUACCUGCAAUAACUUGAAAUGUGUAUUCUUUCAAAACUUCCUUGAAUAAACUGAUCUGCUGGCUGCAUAUAGAAAUAUAUAUAUAUAUAUAUAUAUAUAUAUAUAUAUUUAAAUUUAAAUAUAGAUGACACUUAGGAGGUGGCACACCGUCACAGGUUUUGAGCAGCAAAUAAACACCUCAGCUCGGAAAAGAAUUUGUGUAAGAAUUUGUUUCUUGCUUUGGAACUCAACACAUUUACACUUAGUUGGCAAUACAUGCAGGAUAAAUUGUUUGCAAUGUUUUUUGAAGUAGGGUGUUAAUGGUACUUAUCAUUUAACACAAAAUACAGCUUCAUUUCUCUUCAAUAUAAUUGAUAAAGUAAACCAAGUUGAAGCUGAAUAAAUGAGAAAUAUUUAUUUCUUA